AUGGUUAAAAGAACAAGCGCCGCCAAUGGAGAUGCGGUUGGUACUCACAAAGCUAAGAAAAUAUCUAAGACUCGUGCCUCUCAUAUUAUAAAUACCCAGGAAGAUUUCAAGCACAUGUACUUAAGUGUCCAACCAUUGGAUAUUUUUUGUUGGGGUACUGGUUCCAUGUGUGAACUUGGUUUGGGUCCGCUCGCCAAGAACAAGGAAGUCAAAAGACCAAGGUUAAAUCCAUAUCUGCCUCGUGAUGAGGCAAAGAUUAUUUCUUUUGCAGUCGGUGGUAUGCACAGCUUGGCCCUUGAUGAAGACAGCAACGUUUGGUCUUGGGGUUGCAACGAUGUGGGUGCUUUAGGUAGAGAUACUUCCAACGCUAAGGAGCAACUCAAGGACAUGGAUGCCGAUGAUUCAAGUGAUGACGAAGAUGGUGACUUAAAUGAAUUGGAAUCGACACCAGCUAAAAUACCAAGGGAAUCUUUUCCACCUUUAGCAGAGGGACACAAGGUGGUGCAAUUGGCAGCCACAGACAACAUGAGUUGCGUGUUGUUCAGCAACGGUGAAGUAUAUGCAUGGGGUACUUUUCGUUGCAACGAAGGUAUCUUAGGGUUUUACCAAGAAAAAAUUAAAAUUCAAACGACCCCAUGGAAAGUGCCUACUUUCUCCAAAUACGAUAUCGUUCAAUUAGCACCUGGUAAGGACCACAUACUUUUCUUGGAUGAAGAAGGUAUGGUAUUUGCUUGGGGUAACGGUCAACAGAACCAACUAGGAAGAAAAGUUAUGGAAAGAUUUCGUUUAAAGACCUUGGAUCCCAGACCAUUUGGAUUAAGACAUGUGAAAUACAUCGCAUCAGGGGAAAAUCAUUGUUUUGCCUUGACCAAGGAUAACAAGUUAGUGAGUUGGGGAUUGAACCAGUUUGGUCAAUGUGGUGUUUCCAAGGAUGUGGAAGAUGGUGCACUUGUUACCAAGCCGAAAAAGUUAGAGUUGCCCGACAACGUCGUCGUAAGAAGUAUUGCUGCUGGUGAGCAUCACUCAUUAAUCUUAUCUCAAGAUGGUGAUUUGUAUUCAUGCGGUAGGUUGGACAUGUUUGAAGUUGGGAUUCCAAAAGAAAACUUACCAGAGUAUACUUACAAAGACGUUCAUGGAAAGGCACGUGCAGUACCACUGCCAACAAAACUGAAUAAUGUUCCCAAGUUCAAAAGUGUCGCAGCGGGGUCACAUCAUUCAAUUGCGCUCGCUCAAAAUGGUAUUGCCUACUCUUGGGGAUUUGGUGAAACCUAUGCCGUUGGAUUAGGUCCUUCCGAGGAUGAUACCGAAGUUCCAACUAGAAUCAAAAACACUGCAACACAGGAUCAUAAUAUCAUUCUAGUCGGCUGUGGAGGUCAGUUUUCUGUAUCUGGUGGAAUCAAACUCUCUGAUGAAGAAGCUGAAAAGAGAGCAGAUGAAAUGGAUGAUUAA